UCGCUCGAGAGACCAUGAGCACCGCCAGCAUGCGCCGAGCAGCACCAUUGCACCGCUUGCGCCAAGUCGCGUCCCACCUGCGCGCCCCUCACCGUUCCCUCCCCUCGGUCGCCUCCCCACUCUCCGCCCGCACCUUUGCCCGCUCCGCCUCGUCCUCAGCACCGUCCCGCCCCUGGAUCUUCACCACCUCGGCCGCCUUCCACGGCAAGCCCGGCUACCGCCCUGCACCCGCGUCCGCCGGCCUCGGACCCGACCACCCGCUCGUCGCCUGGCGCGACCAGGCCAUGCGCGAGGGCAACGCGCCGAAGGAGGGCGCAGGACACGACUGGUGGCUCGCAGAGGGCAUCCCGGAGAGUGACGGCAGCGGCUCAAAGGGCGUCGUGCUCGGCGUUGCAGAUGGCGUCGGUGGGUGGGAGGAGUCUGGCAUCGACCCGUCGCACUUCUCGCAGUCGCUCAUGUGGUUCGCGCGCGAGCGGGUCCGCACGGCCCGGUGGGCGCUCCCGCCGCCGACCAAGGCGGGCGAGGGCGACGAGAGCGGCAUGGCGCUCGUCGACUUGCUCGACGGCGCGUACGAGGACGUCAUGCAGGAAGAGGGCGUCGUCGCCGGGAGCUCGACGGCGUGUGUGGUUGCGCUCGACGCCGAGACGGGCAUGCUGCACGCCGCAAACCUGGGCGAUUCCGGCUUCAUUGUCCUGCGUCCGCAACCCGCCUCGGACCUCCCACCAACCCCUCCUCCCUCGCCACCCACCGACGCCUCGACCUUUACCCCGCCGACGCCCUCGGUCCUGUACCGGCUCGUGCACGAGCAGACGCCCCAGAUCCACUUCUUCAAUGCGCCUCUGCAGCUGUCCAAGCUGCCGGCGGCCGAGCGCGCCCAGGCCGACAAGGCCGAGAAGGACGGCAAGUGGCUGAGGGACCUGCCGCGCGACGCCGACGUCGUCAACUUGCAGCUCGAGGACGGCGACGUCGUCUUGCUCGUCACGGACGGCUAUUCGGACAACAUCUGGGCCGAGGGCGAGACGACCCGGCUCGUCGAGCUCGUGCGCACCAAACUCGACUCGGAGGCGUCGUCGUCGUCGGCGUCCAAGGACGGCACGGGCGCGUCGCCGUCGCCAGGCUCGCGGUCAGCGUCGGACGCCGCGCUCGCGUCGUCGAUCGCGCAGACUGCCGUCAACUUUGCGCGGGUCGUGAGCGUGCGGCCGGACGUGUACACGCCGUUUGCGGCCGAGGCCAAGCGGUGGGACGUCAAGGGCAUGGUGGGCGGCAAGGUCGACGACGUGACGGUCGUGUGCGCCGUCGUGCGCCGGGGAGGGGACGCUUAGCGGCGUCGAGGGGGUGGGUCGAGUGCAUUAUCGAGCCCGUGCACGAG